UUUUGGACUUUAAGCCUGGCCCGAAAUUGUAUCUAGUCCAGUCUCCAAAAUGGAGCAGGCCUUAAAAUGUUAUUAACCCCGGCCCAUUGUACCCCAGAAAAAAAUAUGGCAAUCCCAAAACGCACCGUCCAACCCUAUCAAAAACCCUAACCCCACUUCUUAUAUAAAAUCUAUUUACGCCGACCUCAUUUUCCUCAUUUUCAGCGAAGAGCGAAACCCUAAACAAAACACAUGGCGGAAAGAGCUCCGGUCGAGUCCGUUCAAUGCUUCGGCCGCAAAAAGACAGCGGUGGCUGUAACCUACUGCAAGAGAGGUCGUGGCCUGAUCAAGAUCAAUGGCUGUCCCAUCGAACUUGUUGAACCCGAGAUCCUCCGUUUCAAGGCUGUUGAGCCAAUCCUCCUUCUCGGCCGCCAGCGUUUCGCUGGCGUUGACAUGAGGAUCCGAGUCAAAGGCGGAGGCCACACUUCUCAGAUCUAUGCUAUCCGUCAAAGCAUUGCUAAAGCCCUCGUCGCUUUUUACCAAAAGUACGUUGAUGAGCAAAGCAAAAAGGAGAUUAAGGAUAUUUUGGUCAGGUACGAUAGGACUUUGCUGGUGGCUGAUCCAAGGAGAUGCGAGCCCAAGAAGUUCGGUGGAAGAGGUGCUAGGGCAAGGUUCCAGAAGAGUUACCGUUGAAGAAAUUUCAUGUUUUGUUUUGGGAAACUGGGUUUUGUUCUUUUUCAAGAGAUAAUAUGGUUUUGUUCAUUUUGAAUUAAGUUUUGUUAUGUGGAUUGAAUUAGCUAUUACUCAUUUUCAGAAUUUUAAAUGUUUGUUGUGCUCUAUUCUUAAUUUAGAGUCAUUGCGUAAAUCGUUAGAUAUACGCCUAAGAUUAUUGCGGCUUUCUUAUUUGAUAUAUUCAUGCUGCUUUUCGUGUUUUAUUGGCUAUUCUAUGAUUAUUUAGGUUUAGUUUAAAGUUGUUUUGUUUAGCUACUCUUUGAUAAUUAUUUAUGUCUCAGUAUAAUGUUAAUAACUUUUAGAUGUGUUUUAGACCACUUGCCAUAGCUUGUUUGUACAUUUUGGUGUUUUAAUUUUGUUUGACUAAUGGUGAUUUGAGGUUUAUUAUUUAUCCACUUAGUAAAAUUUAUAUUGUACUAAGUUACUGCUAUGAGUAUGAUGCCAUGUUUGUUUGGAAGCCAUUAUUACCGACUUCGUGUAGUUUAAUGUUUAUUGUUAGGAAUUAUACUGCAUUUGGUGUGAAGGGAAAGUGUUUGAAACCAUAUGAUAGGCUGUACAAUAUCUCAUUUACUUGCGAUACAUAGCUUUAGGUUGUAUUUGUUUUUAAGUCUUGGCAGACAUAUUGUGGACAUGAAAGGAAAAAUUAAAAUUUUUCGUUUUUGCUAUUAUUGUAUAGUUUCUUACUCUUUUUCUUUAUUACUUUAACUUUGGGGUUUAGUUAUACCUUCGAUUGCUCUUAGACCCUUUUUUUAAUUAAAGGUGCUUCAUAAUAAAAGUAACAAUCAAAUUUUAAUUUCAAUAAUAUUAAGAACCAUUCUUAUGUAAUAGUGGUGAUGGUAAAGUGUCAGGAAAGAAUUUUGAAAUGGAAGAUUUGGUGUGAUGAUAGUUCUAUUCAUUGGAUCCUCAGAAUUUUCUUCUUUGCAGCCUUAUUAUUAUGGAUACAUACCUUUAAUUGUCGUCGUUUUGUUGGAUUCUUUUGUCCUGUGCUUAUGAAAUGAUUUGGCUUUUGUUGUUUGAUUUAGUUUAAGCAAUCUUUUUUUAUUUUAUAUAUUUGUUAUUCUUUGGUGAGUUCUUGUGCUACAUUUAGAAUAUGAUGAAAUUAAAGAUUUACUGAGUGGAAAGUGAUAUGACUUGCCAGAGACUAAGGCUUUGCUAGGUAGAGAAGAUGGAAAACUUAUUAAUAUGAUGGUUAAGCUAUAAAAUAGAAAGGUGGUUAUGAAUUUUAACCAUUAGAUUAAUAAGUUUUCCAACCUUCUUACAAAGCAAAGCCUAAGACAUGGUGGGAACACAUAUUUCAAUGAAGGAAAUGGUCUUAAAUAGAGGUGUAUCAAAUGGUUAGUAUAAAUAUCAAGUUUGAGCUCAAGUCAGUUACAUUUUCUACACUCAGGCUCAACUUGUUUCGGCUUGGUUACUUUAGUUAUGUUUUUAAUAAACUGUUUUCAUUACAUAUGAACAUAUAGUAUUAUAGAGAAUGUAUAUGAGCUUUUGAACAAUGAAGAGUUUGAUAUGGGUUUUAACUUUUAAGAUCUGUGAACAAGUGAGAGUGAGUAAUUAAUUGUAGAGUUUUGUCUUUUAAUUUUCUGUUCCUCAUAUUGCACUAUUCCCUUGUUAACUUUGUUGACUGGUGGUGGUGGUGGAACUCUGUUGGCAAUGACGAUUAUACAUCUUCAUGUUGUGGUAUUGUCAUUCAGUUGGUGCUGUCGUCUAUGUCUAUGGUAUGCUUUUGUUUGAGGUCUUAUUAACCUUAAACUUAUUAGCCUUGAUUUUUGAGAUUUUAGAUUUUUCUAAAACUAAUAUCCUAGCGUUAAAAAUCCUGGAAUUUUUAUUAAGGUGAUAUCCUGUGCAUGUGAGGAGGUGGAUGUCUUAUUUGUAUGAGUGUAUGUAGACUUGAAAAUAGUAAUAUUCAAACGACUUAAACGAGUAUUAUUUGUCUUAUUUAUGAAAAGUGUAUGUCUAUUAAAGAAUGUCUUAUUUGUAUGAUUGUAUGUGCAUGUUAAAACCGUACGAGUGUAUGUCUUAUUUGUCUUAUUAGAUGGAUGCCCUGGUAAGAUUGCUGGUGGAUAAACGACUUAGACAGAUAUGAACAAACAAACCAAAAAAAAAAAAAAAA